UAACCCCCUCGGGUUGCCGUGUCCCUGAAGUAAAAGAUAGAGAAGGCUGCUGCGAUGCUGAAGUGGCAGAAUCAUGUCAUCCUGUACUCCCCUUCACGAACAUACGAAUUUCAAAGUAACUCACCGAAAGAAAAGAAGGCGUCCGUCCUAUCCACGACGAGCUAGGCAAAUUUGAAAUUCGAGAAGUCAUAAAAGGACUGAGGACACAAUGACAAUGAGAGAGCGUCCCUAAGAGACCAUUCUUUGCCACCAGACGUCUCAGAAUGAACGGCGGAAGGGAACUCAUCGUUUCGCAAAAUGGAGGUGUGCCUAUGUUUCGGUCUGCUGGCGCUGCUGGAGGCGAGCUGAGCGACACGGCAACCGCCAAGGGCAUUUGGGCUAGCCUCGGGUGGAUGGACAGACUGCUCUCGCUAUUCAUCAUCAUUGCCAUGAUCGUCGGUAUCCUUAUUGGCGAGUUCGCACCAAAUGCAAAAGAAAACCUCACAAGGGGAAAUUUUCACGGUACGCCGGCCGCGUUGGCCGUCGGAUUGAUUGUCAUGAUGUGGCCCAUCUUGACAAAGGUCCACUUCGAGAAGCUUCCGUCAAUGCUCCGUACGACACGAGUCUGGAGCCAGCUCCUCCUGUCGCUGCUUCUCAACUGGAUUUUUGCUCCGCUCCUGAUGCUCGGUCUUGCUUGGGCUUGUCUGCCUGAUCUACCGGGAUAUCGAACAGGCAUCAUACUCGUCGGACUGGCCCGAUGCAUAGCCAUGGUUAUGAUUUGGUCUUCAAUAGCGAGAGGCGACGCAAACGUGUGUGCCGUCAUCGUCAUCCUCAACUCACUUCUACAAAUUGUUCUUUACGCUCCGCUCGCCGUCCUCUUUGUCAACAUUAUUUCGUCAUCACCGGAGCAAAUUCGCCUCAGUUACUCUGAUACAGCUCUCUCCGUCGUCGUCUAUUUGGGCAUCCCCCUCUUGGGCGGCCUCGCCACUCGUUUCAGUGCUCUGGCCUUGCUGGGCCGAGCGAAGUUCGAGAAACAAUUUCUUCCACGCUUUGGAAUCCUCUCGCUCGUGGCGCUCCUUUAUGUCAUCAUCAUCAUCUUUGCAGAGCAAGCUCGCUCCAUCCUCGACAACCUUGGUCCAGUUUUUCGGACUUUUGUACCACUGGUCAUCUACUUUGUCCUCGUCUGGACUGGCACCUUCCUCUUCGUUUGGAGACUUUCGCUUCGUUACGGGAAGGCAAAUUGGGGCUACCAAAUGGCCGUCGUCCAGAGUUUCACCGCGGGAAGCAACAACUUUGAACUCGCCAUCGCGAUUUGUGUCGCCGUCUAUGGCGCCGACUCCGAGCAGAGCUUGGCGGCCACCAUUGGGCCCCUUGUCGAAGUACCGGUGCUGCUCACACUUUCCUACGUUGCUCUCCACGCUGGGUCAAAGAUGCGAUGGGAUGUCGAGUUGGAUGAGGAAGUAACGGCACGCUACCAUAGUGAAAAAUCCAUCCCGGCGGACCGCUCAGCGGUGGCUUCCGAAUGCGCUGGCGAGGCAAAAAGCGCAUCCGAGCACACUACUACUCUCAGUUUUGCUUAGAGCCACACAAAGCAACGUAAUGCACAUACACAGCGACAACCAGAGCCCGUCU